CACCGAAUCAGUCGUCAGUACCGGUCGCGUACCCUCCAACUUUCUCUAAUCCCCAGGUUAAGGGUUGCCAAGAUGACGAAAAAGAGAAAGAGGUAUCCCGAUCUCAACCAGAAGCUCGAGCGGCCAUGGUGCUACUACUGCGAGCGCGACUUCGAUGAUUUAAAGAUUCUCAUUUCCCACCAAAAGGCGAAACAUUUCAAAUGCGAGCGUUGUGGGAGGCGAUUAAAUACGGCUGGAGGUCUUUCCGUGCACAUGAACCAGGUUCACAAGGAAAACCUCACGCAUGUCGAGAAUGCAAUCCCGGGUCGCCAAAAUCUCGACAUCGAAAUCUUCGGCAUGGAAGGUGUACCUUCCGAGAUCAUGGAACAGCACACCAAUGUUGUGACUGAAAAGCAUUUCAGUGAAGAAGCAGAGAGGCAGCGUCUCAGCGGCAACCCCGCUCGAGGAGGAAUGGGUGGUGAAGGCGGUGUAGCGAGCAAGAGGGCGAGGGUGCACGAAACACUGGAAGAAAUCGAUGAGCGUGCCAAAAAAUGGAUGACAGAUCGGAAGAAUGGGGUCGCAAGGCCCGUCAAGGCUGAAGCGAAGCCGACCACACCAGCACAAACCGCCCCGACUUUCCCUCCGGCCGCGCAACCCGGAUUCCCGCCAGCAGGUCUUCCCGGCCAACCACCGUUCCCACCUGGUCAAUUCGCACCACCGGGUGCGCUGCCUUCUCGUCCUGGUUUUACGCCCCCUCAGCCCAAUUCAUUCCCUCCCGUCCAUGGCCUUCCACAGCAAAUCGACGAGCUCAUCGCGUCAUCGACAGCUGCUACUGGCGAGCAAUCAGCGCCGGAGAAGGAGAAGAAGGCGAAGAAGGGCAAGGAGAUCAAGUUAGUUUUCUUCGACGAGCACAUCAGUCCCGAGGAGAAGAUGGCAAGACUACCGAGGUUCGCAGUGCAAGUUUGA